UUUCUUUUUGUAGUAUCCGUCGUCGGAGCACUGUCGUUGAUUGAAAAUCAAUUGCACACAAAUUUAGACAUCAUGGUUGCCGUUAAGAAACAGAAAAAGGCCUUGGAUUCCAUCAACUCCAAAUUGGCUUUAGUUAUGAAAUCUGGCAAAUUUUGCUUAGGAUAUAAACAAACAUUGAAAACUUUGCGUCAAGGCAAAGCUAAAUUGGUUUUGAUUGCCACGAAUACCCCUGCCUUGAGGAAAUCUGAAAUUGAAUAUUAUGCUAUGUUGGCCAAAACUGAAGUUCAACAUUACAGCGGUACCAACAUCGAUUUGGGUACUGCAUGCGGUAGAUAUUUCCGAGUCUGCACCAUGUCUAUCACCGAUCCUGGAGAUUCUGACAUCAUCCGUACUGUCGGCGAAAACUAAUUUGUAGAGAACAACUUAUAAGUAAUAAAUAAAUCCUACAAAUAUGAUUUUUUGUAA